AAUCUCAGUCGUGGGGAGAAUCUUGCUGACCCGCCAACCAGCGCGCGCAUACACCGUCAUGCCCUUUGUGUGGUGCCUUGGGUGAGUUGUCGCGAUUCGACGGCCUCUCGGGUCCAUGGUACUGAUCGUUCGCAGGUCGAUUCUCGGGCCCGCACUUGGCGGAGCGCUCGCGAAACCGCACGACAAUUGGCCUGCCCUCUUCCCCGAAGGCUCGAUCUGGGCCACUCACCCAUACCUCCUCCCGAACCUUGUAUGCACAGUCAUCGUGACCGGCGGUGUGAUCAUCGGAAUCCUGUUCCUCGAGGAGACGCACGCGGAGAAGAAGUAUCGUCGCGAUCCGGGUUUGGAGGCGGGGAAGUGGAUCAUCAGCAAGGUUUGGCGGUGUGCAGAACCCAAAUCGUUGCGGUGUGAGAAGGCUGGCGACUUGGACGAUAUUUUCGCGUUGUUGGGCGACGAGGAGCAGCCGCCCGGAUACCGCACAACCGAAGGAUCGCCUAACCUGCCAUCCUCCCCAUUGCCAGAACCACAGGAGCCGCUGGACCUGAACGAUGGAUAUGCCGCGCCGCGACCAAAGCCUGCUGUCACGAAGGCCUUCACCAAGCAGGUGCUUCUGAAUAUCGUCGGCUAUGGUAUCCUUGCUUACCACACGAUGACCUUUGAUUCAAUGCUCCCAACGCUACUUAGUACAAAAGAGCCAGAGAAUGGUGAGCAGUGGGCGCUGCCUUUCAAGUUCGUCAGCGGAUAUGGUCUCACCACCCAGGAGAUCGGGUUCGUCCUGUCAGUGCAGGGGGUCUACUCCAUGAUCGCUACCGUCUUCCUCUUCCCAAUCGUCGUCCGGAGGCUCUCAGCUCUGGGCCUGUUCCGGCUGAUCUCCAUCUCCUACCCAGUGCUGUAUUUCGCCACGCCAUACAUGGUUCUGCUGCCCCCGUCCCUGCGGAUGGCGGGCGUGUAUGCCCUCGUCAUCUGGAAGUGCACAUUCGCGACGAUGGCAUAUCCAGCGAACGCGAUCCUGCUGACGAACUCGGCGCCGUCACUCCUCAUGUUGGGGACGAUCAAUGGCGUCGCAGCAUCGACAGCGAGUCUCUCCCGGGCCUUUGGGCCCACGGUGUCUGGCUUCCUCUUCUCAGCCGGCCUGAGAUUGGGAUACUCCGGACUGGCGUGGUGGUGCAGCGCUCUCGUCGCGAUUGCCGGCGCGGUCAUCAGUCUCCGGAUGACAGACAAAGGAGGACGUAUGGACAUGGAUGAGAAGAGCGAAGAGGACGAAGAGCUCGGCUACGAGGACCACAUCCUUGACCACCGCACCUCUGCCAUCUCUACCACGACCCUUGAUGACGAAGACAUAGACCACAUCCUCAAAUGAUGUCGGCAUACCCUCGCGGGACACGGAAAAAUGAAAAAAACACAAAAAAAAAGAAAAC